UCUUUAUUAUGCUAUUUCAGGGCAUAUACACAUAUAUAUUCUAGUGUUGAAACUCAAUCCAUGAUACUUAGAAGACCGUUUUCUACAUUGCAGCGUGAGCUGGCUAAAUCAAUUCAGUCCAAGAUCGACGCUAUUCCAUUUCAUAUAAAUCGCACUGCUUCUGGCAAUCUGGCUGUGUUCGUGAAAUACAGGCACAACAACAACUUGGCUUAUACUUAUGUCCAGAAGGUCAAGGGCAAUCGCAAGAUAUUGAAGCAGGAGUUGCAGGUUCUGUUAGGCAACUGUCGCAUAAUGGACACUCGCAAUGCUUUUGUGAUCCAGGGCAAUUACAAGAAUUUGAUUGUCAAGUAUCUUAAGAGCAUCGGUUUUUAGA